AUAUAGUGGAUGGAUUAGUUACACAUCAUCAUCAUCUUUCUGAUUCUUAUAAUAAUUAAAUUAUUAUCAUCGUAUCAUAAAAAUAUUCCUUGUUCCACAAUCCCUCCAUUUCCUCUCCUCCCCCUUUUCUCUCUUCCGCAACAAACAUACAUUUUUAAGAUAAGAGAGAAACCAGUUAUAUGGAUGUGAAUUCUGGUAAACGAGCUGUUGGAGGGAUUGCUGCACCCAAAAGGAGGCCAGUCAUUUCGAAAGAUACUGCUGGCUCUCAAAGUGGAACUGCCGCUCAAUUAUGCAAUCGAAUUGGCUGCUGUGGCAGGCUUAACAAUUCUAAAGGUAAUAACAAAAAUAAAUGUUUAGAGAAACCAAAACCGUUGAAGGCUUCCUUGCGUUUAUCUGCUAGCAAGGAAGUGAUACAGAGUUCUUCCAAAGUUGUGAAAAAGCCUCUAGUUGAAUCAGAGAAAAAAGUGUUGCCAAAGAUAGAAAAAAUCCCGGCUGAAUCAAGCAGUGUUUCAAGUGCCUCGACAAUUGAAGCGGCUAGUACCUUGACAAGUCGUGCCCAGCUAAAGUUGAAAUCUAAAAGUUCGGUAUCUGAUCAAAACAGUGAGUCAAAUAAUGGCAGGAAAAAGAGGUUUACUCAAGGAGAAAGCAGUUCAUCUGGUAAAGGGAAAAGGGUUAUUGGGGUAUCACCAAAUGAAGGGCGUGUUUCUGAACCUAAAAGUUCAAGGAAUUUGAUAUCUUGUAGAACAAAUGGAGUUUCAUCAGUUAGGACUCCUCGAAAGUCAUUGAAUCAGCUAAAUGGAGACGAUUUCUCAUUGGUCAAGUCUAGUAAUGCAUCUCCUGAGAGGCCACAGGCUAAAGCGUUGAGUGUUAAUGGUGGCAGUAGUACCAGCGAUACUUCAUCAAUUAUUAGCUCUGCUAGUUCCACUGAUCGUACUGCUCUCCGGUUUGUGGAUGAAAAUGGAACACGGCAUUACAACAUUGAUGGGAUUGCAGAUGUACUAUUGGCACUUGACAGGAUCGAACAAGAUCAGGAGUUAACAUAUGAGCAAUUACUAUCGCUUGAGGCAAAUUUAUUCUUGGGUGGCCUUAACCUUUAUGAUCAACAUAGGGACAUGAGACUGGAUAUUGAUAACAUGUCAUACGAGGAAUUACUUGUGCUUGAAGAGAAAAUGGGUACGGUGAGCACAGCAUUAUCUGAAGAGCAAUUAUCAAAAUGCAUCAAAACAAGCAUAUAUGAAUCUUUGCCAUUAGAGGAUGAAAAAACGUGGUGCAGUUUGGGUGCAGAUGACAACAAAUGCAGUAUUUGUCAGGAGGAAUUUGUGAGAGGAGAUCAGAUAGGAAAGAUAGGAUGUGGACAUGGGUACCAUGCUCCAUGUAUAAACCAGUGGCUGAGCCUCAAGAAUUGGUGUCCCAUUUGCAAGGCUUCACCAGAACCUUAAGAUGGUACAAAUCUCAUGUGAUUCAGUCUUUCCUUUUCCUGUCUGGUGUACAUACAUACACGAAUACAUAGACUUGUUUGGCAAAUCAUUUAACCCAGGCUUCUUAGCCUUGUGGACCCGAUUCAAUGGAAGUUACUUUUCUUUA